UGAUAUUUCGAUUCAAGUUUCGAACCACGUAAGGCGUCUUCGGCGUGAUCUGAAAACCUAGAGUCGAUUCAAUCAUGUCGAAAUCGAAGAUGGAAAGACAAAUAGUCGUUUCUGGAAACGUACAAUGGGAAGAGAAGAAGCAGGAGGAAGGAGACUUGGAAAGCAAGCAAGUCUCAGAUGAACUUGACAAGAGUUGUUUGACAGAAGAACAUGAUGACUACUUGUCUGAUCAGAACAGUAAAAAGAGGACAAGGGAAGUCAAGAAGAAGACUUCAGAUUCUGAACCAGAGAAAAGAAAGAAGCGUAAGUCAAGCAAAGAUACGUCGUCGUUUGAUGACUGGCUUUUUGUUGCUACCUUUAAUCCGCACAAGAAGGCUACUAAUCACAAAAAAGUUAUCAAGUUUGAUGAUGAAGACAUGAACAAGAAGAUGGAUAGAUCAUCAUGUGGAGGUUGCUUUUUCCCCAAGGCUCAGUUUUUGUCUCAUGUUGGAAUCUUUUCAUUACCAUAUACAGUCUUGUUUUAGGUCUGCGUCCCA